AUGGCUCCACCUGCUACGACGAUUAUCAAAGCUGAAAACUACGAUUCUCCUCGGUAUAGCUGGUAUAGCGUGGCAGAUGGUUUCACUGGCGACAACAAGACGCAGGAAGAGACUCACAACGGCGAUGUAGUUCACGGAAGUUACAGCUUAAUCGAGCUCGACGGUUCUCGGCGCACCUUCUCCUACGCGGCCGAUCCUAUCAACGGUUUUAACGCGGUCGCGCAACGGGACCCAGGCAUCACGGUUAAAACCACCGCUGUCGCAGCUGCACCCCUCCCUGCAGCAACGUUAUGUUCCGUGAUCGCUGCAGCUGCAUCAGUAACAGUUGCAGUCCGUCCUCAAGCGAUUGUCGUGGGUGCACCCCUUCUGAGGCAGCCGUUCAUCUCCGGAUCUAUGCUGGCCGCGACGAAUGUCGCCGCGAGUUCAGUGCUGUUCAUCAGAAAGACCGACAACGCGUGCUCAGGAAUAUCGGAGAUUUGGUAUAAACGUGGUUUGAAAUUUCAUCUCACGAUGCAACAGUUCUUAACGUCAUCUGAUUAUCGCCAUCGAAGACCAAGACCCAAAACUUGCCAGGAAUCAGGAAGUUGUGGUAAAUCCGGUACUCAAUGA